GGUAAUCGGUCCUAUCAAAUGUAAACAUUUGAAUUUUAAAUUUUCAACUUAAAGACUUAUAGUGCCUUUUUAGUUCAUCACAGUUCCCACCACUGAGUACAGUAAUAAUAAUUUAAAAACUACUUUCGCUCUGUACAAGUAGAAUAAAAGUUAAGACAAGUCUUUUAGAACGACAUUCCAAUGGAAUCUGAAAGUAUCCUAAAAGAAUUAAAUGAACUAUUACCAACAUCUAUUAUUCAGGAAGUCGCCUGUUUUUGUUUUUAUGAUGAUCAUCCCAAAGAUUCCCGAAAAAUCGAUAUCGUUGUAUGUACAAAACGUGGAGAAGUUAUGGAGUUUCAUCAAAGAGAACUUGUCUCUUCUCUUUUGUUAGAAAACACAUCGGACAUCAUCGAUAUAAUUAUUCUCCGUAAUGAAAGUUGUGAUUUAUUUUAUUUCGUACAUACCAAUUCCCAAAUAAUAGUUUUAUCUGUGAAAGAAGAAAUGAGCAUACAUAUUUUAAUAAGUAAUGUAGAAAGAUAUGAAUUUCUUGACAUUGAUUUCUCUGGCUUGCCAUGUCUUAAGGUCAUACGAAAAGAAGAUGCUGUGCCAUUUAUAUAUGACUGUAACUUUAAGCUUCUUGGACCUGUUAAAGUCCCAAAACUAGAAUUUGAAACUUUUCCUAUAAUGUCACAACUUGCAAGAAAGCUUACUGAAGCUAAAUACAAUGUCAAACAGAAUCAAGCUACUCUAGACGAGUAUAUCAAAAUUAAACAAACUGCAGCUUAUUGCUUGUAUGAAAGAAAUAGUCCAAACACUGAUGAAUCCUUCUUUACAUUAGGUUCAACCUCUAUAUCGAAGGUGUUAAGUAUACGAACACAAAAACCAUUGGUCAAGGGUUGCAAUAAAAAAAUUACUGUUAUUGUUAACAUAAAAAAUGAAAAUAAUGUACCCAUAGAGAAUAUACACAUCCUCUUUCAUGGUAUAGACAACAAAACCAUUACAUACACAACAAAAGUCUAUGAAGACUCGAGCACAAUUUGGAAAGAAGUAACAAAUACAAUAAAGAGUAAUCAAGAAUGUUUUGUUGUUGCUGUAUUAGACAUGAGAGAAUUAAAAUAUAGUAUGUCUAGUAAAAUUGAAUUUGAAGCAGUGUUGUCAUUUACAAAACUUGGUAGUAGUUAUGUGUUGCCAUUAGAAAAUGUUUCAAUAUCUGUUAUGGAGACAAUGGAGGAGGGUUUCGAAUUGCUAAUGAGCAAUGAAGAUAGCAAAUUGAAAGUAUUAGGGCUAAUGGCUACUUCUGAGAAAAUGGAGCUUAUUUUAAGACAUGUAGAUAUGGAAGAUCCCGGUGUAAAUAUUCUAGAAAUUCUUAGUAAAAACUUAAAUAUGGAAGCCCUAGAUAACGUGGAUAAUAUCUUAAUCCACAAGAAAUCUCCUACUCAUAUACUUCAUGGCUUGACAUUAGUGCUGAUGGAAGAUAAUAAGAUGGGUAGUUUUAAAGUAGAUGUUUAUUCAAGGUCAACCGCACAAGUACUGGCAUUCAUCCUCUACAUGUAUGACAGAAUUCCACACAGAAUAAUGGUAACACUGCCAGACCACAUUGUAUCUGCUAAAACCAGUGAUUUAGCCCGUUUCAAUAGCAACACUGAAAUGUUAAUUGAUACCAAAAACUAUGCGUCAAGCCUAUUGAAUAUAUCCAAACAAGUAUUAGAAUAUUUCGAUGAGUGUAUGAUUAAAAUGAAUAAUAGUACAGAACCAGAGAUAAAAGCUCAAAUUGGGAAACAAAUUCGUUUUUUGUCUGUGGGGUUGCCAGAGUUUUUGAAGUUCCGAAACAAAGUUUUAGAAGAAAGUUCGAAUGGAGUCCAGACAAUAAAAAUAGAGACAUUUUCUGAAGAUAUGUCAGUUGAGUCUUUAGAUUUAUAAAAUGGUGAAAAAUUAAAUUGGGCUACUUAGUUUAAAAGGUUAUUGGUACUUAAAGUGCCAUAUAUAGUGAGUAAGAAAUGUGAUAUUAAAUUUCCUUAUAUAAAAAUUGUUACAAAUUCUAACAAACAAUUAUAGAGAUUAAAGUAUUAGACAAACGGUCAAUUUUAGCGCUAAGUAUCGAUUCUGCAUCUGAAACAAAACUUUAUCGACUUUAAUAUCGCAGAAUCGUGUCUAUCGUCUUGUAAUAGUCUCAAAAAACAGUGAAAUUAUUAGCGUUAUUACUUAAUUCUAAUAUUUGUUUUAUUCGGUAAGGGUAAAACAUCAUUCGUGGUAUCAAAAUUACUAUAAAAACCCCACAAUCAUUGUAUACAAGGAUUGUGAUAAGUUUCCAAUGAUAGAAUAUAGAUGGCGUUGUUAAGAAUGUUCUGUUUUAUCCGUAAUUUAAAGUCAUCAUGUUUAUAUUACACUUGCUAAGGAAAUACAUCAUCACUGGAUGAGGCAGACGUCGACGCCGAGAUGAUGAUUCUCUUUUUGGCUCAUUACAAAUAGUUUUUAUAUUUGCGCUUCGAUACUGGCCACAUAUAUUUGAAUAAAAAAGGAACUGGUACAGGCCAUAAUUAUUUGUUGUUAUUGUGUGUAUAUUAAUUGUGUUAUUUUUUCAUAUUUUUUUUUUGUUAUUUCGAUUUUAACUUUUCUCAAUGUUGUAUAAAAUACACAGGCCACAGGUGUUAGUCGCUGUGAAAUUAUAAACACAUCAUUCGUAUAAUUAGAUAGGCAUUAUUAGAUUUGUUUACAAUCAGUUCUUGUUUUACAUCAUAGAUGGCGCUAGUUAGUUUGCAUGCAUUGAUAAAGAUUACUGUGAUAGAAAUAAAAAACUAUUGAAAAUAAAAUUAUUUUAAUUACA